AGGAGGACGAGGGGGAGGAGAGGGAGGAGAAGGAGGGAGAAGAGGAGUAGGAGGUGGCAGCACAGGUAGCGAUAAUUUGUCUGUGACGUCCAGUAACUCGGAGGACCAGGUGAUGGUGGCCAACACUCUGCCCAGGGUGAAACCAAGGGAACAGGCCAACAACCCUCUCCGGCUCCGCCACAACCCUUUUCUGCUCAACACGGAGGAGGAUGAUGAUGAGGAGGAGGAAGAGGACGAAGACGAUAGUGAUAAUCUCAACGGUUACCUGGAAGAUUCAUCCUUCCAUCUUCAUGGCAAUACAAACUCCGCCCUAGAUGAGGAGGGAGACGGGGUCACGCCCUUUCACCUCCACGACCUGGGGUUCACCACACACAAGCCCUUCCUGUUGCAAAGCACCCUUGGAAAGCACUCCUGGGGCUGCUCUGGGGAACGGGACUCCCUCAGGGGUGUUGCCUCCGAUCUCUCCGCCCACCUGGAGGGCCUAGACCUGCUGGUAUUGGAUGGUCCUCGCCGACACGGCAGCAGCGGCUCCACCCUCUCCAUGGACUGCGGAGAGCAGGAGUGGGCCGAGGAUGAGGAGGAGGAGGAAGACCCAAUGAGGGGUGGUGGGAGGAGCAGUAGCCAGGCUGACUCGUCUUCCUCCAGCUCCACCCAUCAGCUCUGCUCCUGCUACGGCCUCUCACAGACGUUUCACGAACACUUCCCGGAACAGUUUUCCCAGUCAUUGGAAUGCCAGCUGGGCUACGGCAGCGUAUCGUCCUGUAACAGCUCGGAUGGCAUGCUGGUCAACUUCAGUGCCAUUUAUAACAAGAUCAAUAACAGUGUCCCUUCGACCUCCUCCGAGCCACCUCCUCCUGCCACAACCACCAACCUGAACAGUUCCACUGACCACUCCUACACCUCCUCUGUCUGCACCUCUUCUGUACUGGAUGGGGAGGCAGGGAGCCCAGGAAGUGCCAGAGAGAGGGUUGCUUUCUACCUAGACCUCCACACUUCCCCCACCGAGCCCCCCAACUCUCAUCAACCCUCUUGCUCCUCCAAUAGCACCCUGCCGUUUGGACUCCACCCCCACACCAACACCUCCUCAUGCACCUGCUCAGCCGAACACCAGGGGGCUCUAGAUCUGGACGCCAACUGCAAUUCUUACCAGCCUCCCCACCACUCAGACUCAGGAAGUGACCUCACAUCCUGUCUGCAGAGCCAGGCCCGUCUGGUGGUAGCCACCCAGAACUACUACAAGUUGGUGACCUGUGACCUUUCAUCUCAGUCGCCCCCGAGCCCUGUGGGAAGCUCCGCGUCGUUUACCAGCUGCUCUGACGAGCACAGCAAGGAAAGCCCCGCUCCUGACACGCCCAACGCCACCCAGCCAACCGAAUACUACCUGUUCAGACGGCCACCUGGGGGAGAGGAAAAGGAGGCAGAAGAGGAAGAUGAGGAGGGAGAGUUGUCACAGCGUGAUGAAGAUGAGGAAGAGGAUGACGACGAGGAGAGGAAGAAGAAGAGGGAGCAGCAGCAGAUGGGCGGAGCCUGUUCAGACCUCAUCAUUGAGGGACAGGUGUACAUUAACAUCUCCCCUCCCGUGGUUGACCGAGGACCCAUCGGAGGCAUGACUCCCCGCCCCCAUUCCCGUAGCUACGACCGGAACCUGGACAAGUCCCCGCCCCCUCGGCUCGGCUCAUUGGAGCGCAUGCAGAGCUGCCCUGUCCGUCUCAGUGAGGGCGCCUCCCCCCUCGGCCCUCCCACUCCGCCACGGGUCACUUCCUUCGCUGAGAUCGCCAGGAGCAAGAGGAAAAACGGAGGAAGCGCUGGAUCUCCUUCUCUCAGGAUGGGGGGAUGUUCAGAUCCCUUCUCCUCCACCCACUCGGCCAACUCCCACUCCUCGACCGACUUCUCCCCCAUCCUGGAGAACCUGGGUCAGGGUCCGAGCCACAGCCACAGUGUGCCCUUCCAGCGCUGCUACAGCCAGGGCAGUGUGGACCGCCACUCACCUGGUGGUGGCGCCAGAGAGACACACGCCACGGCUGAAGGUGGUCUCUCCAGCUCUUCGUGCAGCUCUGCUGUUGUCCGCUACACUAAAGACCAGCGUCCUACCACCCUCCCCAUCCAACCCUUCACCUUCCACCACCAGUUCUCCAAGCUGUCCCGGCCCAAGCCCAUUCUUCCCCUGCUGCCGGGCUACGUCUCUGGGAUGCAGGCGCGGGGUGGAGGGCCUUCUGGAGGUCCAGAGGGGUCUGAUGGGGUCGACGACGACCGAUGGGAAGACUCUCUGCGUCGAUGCCAGAGUGGUGGUACGAUGGGUGGGAUGGUGUCAGCGGUGGCUCCGCUCGGCCCUGGUUCUGUCCGACCCUCGCCGCUGGGUAGCUAUUCCCCCGUCCGCCUCCAGGGGGUGACCUCCACUUCCUGUUCUACCUGCACCCCCAGCCCCCAGACUCCUCUCAGCCUCUCCUGCCCCCUGUCGGCCGGGCUCCUGCCCCUCCACCAUACCCAUCCCCCACCAGCACGACUGGCGGCUGCCCCUCUGCCUCCCACUCAUCCACCUCCGCCCCUGGGGGUGAAGCGGGGUGCGGUGCCCCCCAUGCUGCCUCCGGUCCAGGGCCAGGUGCAGGGUCAGUGUCACCGUGGGACUCUCCCCAUCUUGCCGGUCGUGCUCCAGGACAGUGAGAUUUCACUGCGAUACGAGGAGACGUCAGACCCUGUGGAGGGGAGCAGAGGACCAGGGUCCAGGACACAACAUGGCCAGUCUGUGAAGCAGCUGCAGCAGUACUACAGUGACUUCCUGCCAGACUACUUCUCCCUGACGGAGCGUCCUCCAGACGAGUUCUGUCUCUCUCCUGACGCCUCCUCUUCGUCAUCGUCCUCCACUUCCUCACAAUCCCACAUCUCUGUGAACCUGCAGCAGAAGAGAGGUUUAGUCAAAGCCAUCAAUACAGCGGUAGAUUUAAUCGUGGCUCAUUUUGGCACCAGUCGGGACCCUGAUGUUAAGGCGAAGCUGGGUAACAGUUGGGUGAGUCCCAACGUGGGCCACCUGAUCCUGAAGUACCUGUGUCCGGCUCUAAGGGAGGUGCUGGGGGAUGGGCUGAAGGCCUACGUCCUGGACCUGAUCAUCGGACAGAGACGCAACCAGCCCUGGAGCCUGGUAGAGGCCUCCACACAACUAGGCCCGUCCACCUGUGUUGUCCACAGCCUGUUUUCCAAGGUGUCCCAGUACUCAGAGCUCACCAGCCACAGCAUGAGACUCAACUCAUUCAUCUUCGGACUGCUGAACUUGCGAUCUUUGGAAUUUUGGUUCAAUCAUCUCUACACUCAUGAAGACAUCGUAGCGGCUCACUACCACCCGUGGGGUUUCCUGCCGUUGUCCCAGGGGCCGUGCCAACCUCUCUUGGAGGAGCUCCUCCUCCUCCUCCAGCCUCUGUCUCUGUUGCCCUUUGAUCUGGAUCUGCUCUUUGAGCCGCGAUUGGUCCAGAGGAGCCAGGAGCACCUGAGAAGCAAGGAACAGCUCUGCUCCGCCUCCGCCGGCCAGAGCCUGGACCAAUCAGCAUGCUCCACCUUCCAGCUCAUGAGGGGGUGGAGCUCGGAGUCACAGAGGGCAGAGUCUAUGAGAGAAGGGGCGGAGGUUAAAAAGGAAGGAGGCGGGGUGGGGAACAGAGAAAGGUUGGGGCUGAGACGAGAGGGGACGUGGCCUAGGAUGGAAGGGGUUGGAGAGAGAGGGAAGAGAGAGGGGAUGAUGCAGAGGAUGGGGUCGAGGAGAGAGGGGGCGGGGGAGGGGAUUGAUCGUUUAGGGGCGGGGCUUGUAGAAGCACAGCCAAUGAUAACCGAAGUAGGGACAGGAUUUGCAAACCUGUGGAGAGAGAGCGGGAGGGGGAAGGGCACAGGAAAGAGAGUGAAGGGGGUGGAAGGAGUAAGCCAUGAGGAGGAUGGAGAGAAGGAGGAAAGGAGGAAGGAGAGAGAGAGGGAUUGGGCGGAGGAGGGUCGUCAGCAGCAGGAGCGUGAUCGCCAGGCGGGCUGGUGGUACCAGCUCAUGCAGAGUUCCCAGGUCUAUAUCGACCAAUCAGCUCAGGGUGGGUCGAAGUUCGUUAAGAGCGAGAAGAGGAAGAAGUCUGCAGAGAGGCAGAGCCAGAGUCAGCACCCACUCCCCAGGAAGGGUGUUGUGGAAGGGGCAGAGUCUAGCCAGGAAGAGGAGGUUCUUAGGGAGAGAAGCAGGAAGAGCAGCUCCAGCUCCAGUGGUGAGUGGACGGGGUCCAGGGGAAGAGGAAGACCAUCCUGGAUGGGGAGUCCCCCAGAGUCAGUGCUCACCCAGGACAAGGAGAAAGAGAAGGAUCCAGGAACCACAAGGGCCACAGAAGCCACAGCGACCCAGCCAGCGGCCCAGACUGAAGACCCCUCCCAGGGCCAGGGCAUGCGCUGGGUCAGACUGUUUGGGUCCAGCAUGGGUGGUGGUGGCACCCCCUCCAGGCCAGACGGAGCAGAGCAGAGAGCAUCCAAAAGCAAGAGGAGCAGGCUGCCGUCUGGAUGGCUGACAGGUCUGGACAUGUCCGUGCUGGACCUCUUAGCCCAGACGGUGGGGGCGGGGACAGUGAAGAGGGUGGAGCCUUCAGCUCCUCCGGCCCCUCCCACUCUGAACCAACCCUCUCCACCUCCUCAGCCGCCACAGGAGAGCCACACCAAACAGCUGUGUGAGGUGCGUGCCCUGUGCCACCACAUAGCCACAGAGCCUGACCAGCUGAGUUUCCAUAAAGGGGACGUACUGAGUGUCCUGAGUCGGGCUGACUCCGACUGGCUCCUCUGCUCCCUGGGGGCCCAGCGGGGCCUGGUGCCUUUCAUCUACGUUACCCUGAGGGGUCUGGAGGACAGCCAGGCGCCCCAAGAGCCUCAGGGGCCACACUGACCUGACCGACUCAACUAGGGUUCCAAAAUUCAGGUUUUCCAGAAAUCCUGGUUGGGAGAUAAGGAGGGAAUAAGUAGGACAUCUGUAUAUCCUCCGACCUAGGGAUUUCGGGAAAGUUGCCGGAACUUUGCAACCCUAGACUGAACCCAGGGCCCAGAGGCCACAGUAGAGGAUGAGGGUGGAAGGUGGAUAGGGGAAAGGAUUCAGAGGGCCAAAGAUGGAUAUACAGCAUACUACAGCACAAGACGAUGGAUACUCAUGGAGGAGAGACCUUGAUAUGACUGGUUUAAAGUGUAAUUAUUGUACUAUGGAGAGGCGUAUGAAACACACACACACACACACACUCACACACAGACGUAAACAUGCAUUAAUGUACAUAUAUGCACAUGCAAGCAUGCAGGCACAAAUACGCUAUGUAUGCAUGUCCACUAAACUCACACACACACCAAACUGCCUGGGGAUCUUUUACAGAAAGGAGACAAGGCUAGCUACAGACUGCCUUGGUCCCAUCAUAUACUGUAUACUAUCCCUAGCCGUGCUUUACUUUACCAUGCUACAGAGCAUACUCUAUCUAUCAUUCAUCUAGCUGUGCCACUCUUUGAAUGCCAAUGCUAUGUUAACGCUAAAUGCUAGUGCUAAUGCCAGUGCUAAUGCCAGUGCUAAUGCUAGUGCUAAUGCUAAUGCUAGCGCUAAUGCUAGCGCUAAUGCCAGUGCUAAUGCUAGUGCUAAUGCUAGUGCUAAUGCCAGUGCUAAUUGUUAAUGGAAAAUUUCAGAGACUGGUUAAAGGACUUGUCAUCCAAUGGAUCCACACCAACAUGCUAUUCUCUGAGCUUCAUUCACCCAGAGAUCCCCUGCUUUGUAAUAGGAUGUAAGUAGGAAAAGUAGUUUUGUUAUAAAACAGAAAAUACAAACUUUCUUAGUGUGAUAUAGCUGUGGGUAUGACAGCUGUGAGUUCUGACAGCUGUCGACAAUGGACAACCGGUUUAAACUUGCUUCUUCAUUACAAAUGGACAACCGGUUUAAACUUGCUUCUUCAUUACAAAUGGACAACCGGUUUAAACUUGCUUCUUCAAUACAAAUGGACAACCGGUUUAAACUUGCUUCUUCAUUACAAAUGGACAACCGGUUUAAAACUUGCUUCUUCAAUACAAAUGGACAACCGGUUUAAACUUGCUUCUUCAUUACAAAUGGACAACCGGUUUAAACUUGCUUCUUCAUUACAAAUGAACAACCGGUUUAAACUUGCUUCUUCAAUACAAAUGGACAACCGGUUUAAACUUGCUUCUUCAAUACAAAUGGACAACCGGUUUAAACUUGCUUCUUCAAUACAAAUGGACAACCGGUUUAAACUUGCUUCUUCAAUACAAAUGGACAACCGGUUUAAACUUGCUUCUUCAAUUCAUCGUCAUCUGCAGAUUCCUGAUUUUCAUCAUCUUGUUAACGCUAUGGGUACGUUCCUCUGCCCAUGCGUUGCUGACGCAUGCCAGAUCUUACAACGCUUGGAUACGUAUUUUACGUAUCGGCUAACCACAUCAUCCGUAUGUUAUAGCAAUCUGUCAGUCGAUGAAAUAGUCACGGACGUGGCACGCAACCAUUGGUUGAUGCAUGCAAUGUCUGAGCAGGGGAACACUACCAAUGAUUACCAAUGAUGGACUGUCAAACCUGACUCUGAUUGGACAAGCCCAAUAACAUCCUCUGGCUCCUCCCUUCACAUCCUGUUGUUUUGAUGGAUGGGAUGAACUGACCUAUCACUGCAAGUGUCAGGAAAGAAAAGGGUAGAGCCGGGCCUAGUGCAUGUAACCUAGCAACAGACGGACAACAUUUUGUGUCUUUUUACAGUUUCUUCACCCCUGUUCUGAACCCAAAACCCUAGCUCCUCCCACCUACCCCGCCUCUCUACCCCUUAACCAAUACGACUGCACAGCUUUAGGAGAAGCUGCAGUACCACGAUUACAGACAAAACCAAGUGAUUCAAGAGGCUAUGUUAAGCUUUGAACUCUGUGUCUGUAUAUCUAUCCAUACAUACUGUAAAUGCAUAUACUUACACACGUUUAUUUAUUGACUAAUGAUGAUGUCAUGUAUUAUUGUUGAGGGAAACCGUGUGAAUGGAAAGGCAGUAGAGGUGGAUAAAGAAGGAAGGAUGUUCAAUGAAAGCAACGUAUGACUUUGGAGGUCUGUUUAGGUGUUUUGGUGUUCUUAACUGAAUGUGUUGGUUGGAAGGCUGUAUAAUCACCAUGGCCACCCCCACCCCCACCCAAACCUCCCUAUUGUAAAAUGGGUCUACUAAAGAGAAAAAUCAUGUUUUAACGUUUUAAAAUGCUUCAAAUUAUUCUGAUUGGUAGUAUGUAACAGAGAAAGAGAGUAAUGUUUCUCGUGUAUGCCUUAAAGUCUUUGAGAAAGAACCACAGAGAGAGCUGCUGUGUUGGAGGUAUCUAGCGUUUGACCAUGCCUAUGGUCCCCACGUGAUUCUUUAUAUAUGUGACGGUGCGUCCAACCAGCCACUUUCCCUGGGUUUCAGUCGGAAAAAGAGUAUAUAUUUUCUCUGGUAAUAGAAAAAAGUAUAUGGAUAUUUUUUAGGGUGGGACUCAUCUUAAAAUAGACCCCAACACAUUUCUUGGUGGCUUUGUAGGCAUUUGUUGGUGUCAGGUGUGGCCUUAGGUUCAGAUUGAGCUGUACAGGAAACUAGAGCUGGCAAAAAGUUAGGGAUUAGGUUUAAACUCUAUAUGUCAAAACCUUGUGGAUUAAGCCCUAGAUUAGGGUUUGGUAGAGCCAAAAUAAUCUGCAACGAAAUUAUGUAAUGUAACUUUAAGACAAAUAUGGGUUAGCGAAACAUAAAAAUUGCCAGGACGAAUUCACACUGGACAAGAGUUAGGCCUAGAUUCAAUCAGACCAAUAGUUCAUUUAGCUUGUAACUGUAUUAUUAUUCUUUUUUUUUUAAAUGGUUUUGUUUAAAUGUAUUUCGUUCUUCCGUUAUUCUCUUUUGUUGUACAGUUACAUUUUUUUUUAAUAUAAUUUUUGUCAAUUCCUUUGGAUUCUGCAUAAAUAAUUUAAAUAUUUUGUUA